UUAACCAAAUCGGCGGAAUUUAUCAAAAGGCUCAGUUCUACUGUAAAAGCAUCAACGCAGAAAUGCCUAAAAUACAAGAUUUUCCUACUCAGAACUUUCUUGAAAAAUCUUCGGAUGCAUUAUUGACUAAUACAAAUGCUUACAUUGGAUUGACCCGCAAGCAAGAACAAAGUUCUGUAAUUUGGAGAUGGGCCGACAACACUAUAGGAUAUAAUGAAACAAAGGAUGAGAGAUGGACUUUCACAGCCUGGACAUACCGAUGAAGGGUUGUUUGUAGGUUGGGCUAACGGACAGCCCAGUAAAAAUGAUGAGAAAAACUGCGUUGUAAUGGUACACGAUAAGUCUCGUAAAUGGUACAAUGUACCUUGCAGUUAUUCCACUGGAUUUUUUUGUGAAAAAAAGGUAUUGCUGUUACCCAAAAUUGAACUUGUUGAAAUAGGGGAAUGUUCGGCUGAUAUCAAAAUAAAAUGGAAAGCAUCUUCUCAAGCUAUUGGAAUUAAACAUAGAAUAGAAUUCGUGGACAAUAAAAAUGGAAACGCAAAGAAGUACGACCCGAUCGAUAUCAUACCAAACAAAGAAUCUCUAAUAAAUGAAAUCACAUUGCCCUUUGCUACAAAUUAUACUGUAAAGAUAUAUGUUUGUCCUGAUGAGUGCGUUUCUUCAUGUAACUCAGAAACCCAAUUCGUUACUGAUGGAGGGCUUCCGAACGCUGUGAGAGAUUCAAAAGUUAUGCAAUUAACAUCUGAAUCAAUUUGUAUUGUUUCGUGGAAAAAACCGAAACCUGAGAUCGUGUUAUUUCCUUAUCAGAUCAACAUUACUUAUGAAUUGAAUCACAUAUCUUCUCAUAGUCCCAUGAUUCGUGAACUGAAUAAAAACCAGCUAUUUUCGUCUAACAACGUCAGUUUCACUUUUGAACCAUCCCCAAAUCGAAAGUAUACAUUUUCAAUUCGAGCCCAAACGUGCUCUGGCUUUGGCGAGUCUGCAAAAGCUGUGGGGAAAUGUUCAACUGGAGUUGCAGCGCCCCCAAACAUAUCAUCUCCAAUAUUACCUACAUUUAAAAAUGAGGACGGAACAGCAAACUUUUCAAUUUCAAGCAUAAACGAAGAAAAUGGACCGAUAAGCUGCAUAUUCAUUAUUGGAGUCGUUGAGCCGAAAGCAAGUCGUCCAAUAGAGGAAUCAUACAACCAAGAUCGGAUUGAAAAAGCAAAUACCAACUUGAAUAUGUCUUCCCCGGGUGAAAAUGCCGAAUACAUUGCAAUUGUUUUGUCAAGAUCUUCAGUUAUAAAUUUGACUAACAACGACGGGUUCAUAAGCUUAUUGCUCGGAGACAAUCAAACAACUUAUUGUAACGUAUUGGGUAAAUCACAACAUAGGCAAAAAAGAGCGAUUCGUGAAUUUUCUGGAAACAAUCCUUCAUUGGACAAAGAAACAAAUUACGGGUUUUUUACUGUUACUUCCACGCCGAAUGAUAAUGGCGAUGUCAUGUACAAAAGUAGCAAGAUGUCCAUGCUGCAGAAUAGUAAACAAGAACCCCGUAAUUCAGAAUUGACGUGGAUUGUUGCAGUCGUAAUCGGUGUAAUAGUUUUUAUAUGUUUAUUACUUCUAGCUGUUUUACUCCUUCGAAGAAGACAAGACAAGGCUCCACCGGAAACUGAAUCAAUGCCGAUGGAAAGAAUUGUACAAAGUGCAGAACCAACAUACGCUAACUUGACGAUGGAAAGUAAAGAAUUAAGAUCAGAUACCGAUAUUCCGCUACAAAGACUAGAAAUUGUGUACAAUUCAAUGAAGUUAAACAAUAAUGCCGAAUUUGAAAAGGAAUUUCAGAAACUCAAAACUGACGCCAAAGGAAGCACACAUUCUACAGAUGUUGGUUCUGCUUCCUCGAUAGCUGCAAAAAACAGAUACAAAAACAUUUUACCAUACGACAACACCCGAGUGAAACUGAGUGGCAAUGGUGAUGUCAGCUACAUUAAUGCGUGUUAUAUACAGGGUUUCAAUGAGCCCAGGAAAUUUAUUGCUACACAAGGACCGCUACCCAACACAGUUGAUGAUUUUUGGAGAAUGAUCGUAGAACAAAGAUGCAAUGUGAUCGUUAUGCUAACAAAAUGUUUUGAAAAGGGAAAGAAAAAAUGUGAGAAGUAUUGGCCGGAACAAGGUGAAACGAAGCAAUAUGGUAAAGUAGUUGUUCACAACAUUGCAGAAGCUGUUUUUGGAAGUUAUAUAAAUAGAACAUUGAGAGUGAAAAAUGGUCAGAAGAGUGAAGAAAUUGUUCAGCAUUACCAGUUACUAAAAUGGCCAGAUCACGGUGUUCCAAUGACCACAAGCAGUUUUUUCAGAACAUAUAGCGCGGUGUCUGAAUGUAUGGAAAGAAGCACUGGUCCAACAGUCGUUCAUUGUAGUGCUGGUGCAGGAAGGACAGGAACAUUCAUCGCAUAUGACUAUUUAUCAGCAGAGAGAGAGAGAUUAAACCGUGUUGAUGUAUACAAUUGUGUAAUUAACAUGAGACAACAACGUGUUGAUAUGGUGCAAAAUUGUGACCAAUAUAUCUUCAUACACAAGCUGCUCUUAGAGUCGUAUUUACUUGGAAUCACCGAUUCGGGACCGGAUUCAUUCCAUGCAACAAGCGGUUAUCCUAAAGAAGAAAGAGAUAUCAACGAUGAAUUCAGAAGACUUUCAACAGUUGAUCCCAUGAAAAAUAAAACUUAUGGUUCCAGUUUCAAGAGUGGUAAUAGAAAUAAAAAUAUACUACCCUAUGAGCGUAACAGAGUCAAAAUAAAUCCACUGAAUGAUGAGAUUGAUGUUCCUUAUGUAAAUGCAUCUUAUAUUGAGAGUUAUGAUGAUUCAUAUGCUAUAAUUGCUGCUCAAGGACCAGUUUCUGCUUCCGUUGAAAACUUUUGGAGAUCAGUUUUUGAUAAUGAUGUCUCAAUAAUAAUUAUGUUAACAGAUUGCAAAGAAAACAACAAAGAACAAUGUGUACAAUACUGGCCAGAUGGAGUUGAAAAAACGUUGCAGUUACAAAAUGUUUCUGUAGUAUUUGAUGAAGAGCAUAUCAAAAAUGGAAUAACGUGUCGCGAUCUUCGUGUUUCCUUGGAAGGAGAAAUCAAGCAAGUGAUGCAGUAUCAAUAUAAAGGGUGGAGUGUAAGCAAUUGCCCAUCAGAUCCGACGGGAGUUCUUGAUUUGAUUAAUAUUAUGACUGACAGAGUUCGAUCACUGAACAAUGCAACAGUUAUUGUUCAUUGCAGUGACGGCGCAGGAAGAACUGGCACAUUUUGCGCAAUUGUUAAUCUUAUUGAAAGACUCAAAUGCGAAAACAAAAUUGAUGUGUUCAGAGAAGCUAAAGAUCUGCGAGACUCUAGAGCAGGGAUGAUACAGACUCUGGACCAGUACAAGUUCUGCUACCUUGCUGUAUCAACGUAUUUAUCAUCUUUCGAUCUCUAUUCAAAUUUCGAUGGAAAGGAAGAAGAAACAGUUUAUGAGAAUCUGUAACGAAAAUUAGUUCCACAUUUUUUUCUUCCUAUUAUCUCACUUUAUAGGAUAUAUUUUGAUGCUAAACAUUUAAGUGCCAUAAGCCUACAAUGGUUUAGAUUUUGUUACCAUGUUUCUGACAUUUUGGCAGCUAUUCUAUACUACACGAGUAAAGGCUUUGAUCGUGUUUACAAUACCUAUGCAAUUCAGUACCCUAAAUGAAAAUUGACUCCUGUCAACCUUAUCCUGUAUCGUUCAUAUUUUUGUGACCUUUCUCAUAUUUUGUUAUUGUUAAUGUAAUUAUACAAGAGAGCAA